AUGAACAAACUAUUGAAAGGAAGCACUCGUGUAGCCAUUGUUGCGCCACGAUUUAUGGCCACCAGUAGUCAAGCCCCUGAAGUUGGUGAACGGAUGAAUUUAAAGCCGGCCGGUGAUCCGCAUAAGUCAUUCUAUCAUCAGGACUUGGUGGUAACCCCGGCAACUGGAAGCGAGCUACGUCCAAAACCCGAUCCGAAUGAUGUACUGAAAUUUGGUCAUCAUUAUGCCGACCAUAUGUCGUUUGCCGACUGGAGUGAACGUGACGGCUGGACACAUCCUCAGAUCACACCACUAAGGAAUCUCAGUAUUCAUCCAGGUUCAAAGGUUCUUCAUUAUGCCACCGAGUUGUUCGAAGGUAUGAAAGCAUACAGAGGAGUGGAUAAUAAGAUUCGACUAUUCCGUCCCGAUAAAAACAUGGCACGUAUGCGACGAACUGCUCAUCGAGCUGCACUUCCAGAUUUCGAAACUGAAGAACUAAUCAAGGUCAUUUGCGAUCAGAUCGCUCUAGAUCAAGAGUGGGUCCCAUACUCAUCAACGUCUUCGUUGUACAUUAGACCUACUCUCAUCGGCACCGAUCCUACUCUGGGAGUUGGUUUUCCUCUGGAAGCUAAGCUAUUCGUCUUGACGGGACCGGUUGGGCAAUAUUAUUCAACUGGAUUUCAACCUGUUCGUCUUCUUGCUGACCCUCAAUACGUCAGAGCCUUCCCCGGAGGUGUAGGAGCCUUCAAAAUGGGAUGCAACUACGCGCCGACAAUUUGGGUAGGAAAGGAAGCUGCGGCGCGAAACUGCCAGCAGGUCCUCUGGUUGCACGGUGAAGAUGAGGAAGUGACGGAAGUGGGAACGAUGAACAUCUUUGUCUACUGGAAGAAUGAGCAAGGAGGCGAGUAUGUUGAAGCGUUGAAGAUUGAGCUGAUAACGCCGCCACUUGAAAGAGGUCUCAUCCUACCCGGUGUGACUCGUGACUCGCUUCUCGAAUUGGCGCGAGAAUGGGGAGAAUUUAAGGUUUCGGAAAAGUCAUUCACAAUGCAUGAUGUCAAAAAAGCCCUUGAUGAGGGUCGGUUGCUGGAGAUGUUUGGUGCUGGAACUGCCUGUGUUGUGUCACCCGUCGGUCAGAUCCUUUAUUACAACCGGGAGAAUCUACCUGUAAAUGUUAAGUAA